CUUCAGACAUAGACUAAGGAAGCCUUAAAGUCUUUCUAUACACUGAAUUUUGAAGACUUUCACCUUUAGUUUUUCAACUUUCUCAACUUGCUGUACUUUACAACCUCAUUUCAUUUACUGGGUAUUCUACUACUGUGUAUCAAAUGUACCCAGAUAAUCUCAAAAUACAUAAACCAUGGAAAGACUGUGCCAGAGAGGCCUUGUCAAACAAUGCAGGGCUCUUUGCCUGAUGUGGAGGAUGAGAAAUUAAUAAUUUCUCAUCUCAGUUUCUGUGUCCAUGGGUCUCUAGAAGGUGGAGCAGCCACCAUACAGUGUCUGCAGAUGAGCUGAUAGCUCUGGCUGGCCUGUGCACAGAGCCUUGGGAAAAUAAUUCUUAGAAAAGGGACUUAAUCAGCUGCCACACUACGCUGAUUUGCACAUAAUUGUGUCUGUCUUUUAAAAGCCAGAGAUAAAAGGACAGAAUUUGACACCUGCUCAUUGCUCAUUUUCCCAGCAGCUCUCCAGGCUGGAGCACAGUUGCAGAGUUUGAGCGAGGAAAAAGGUUUUGCCACCCGGGUUGUCAAUGAAAAGGAGAAGGGUUUGCAGGAAUGCUUUGCAGCACUUGACAGAUGAAGCCCAAGGCAUGGCUUGCAGUCCUGGACAUCCUGGUUAAUGGCAAGGUGUGUGACUGUGACGUCGUGGUGACGUGCCAAGUGGGGGACCCUGUCCCCUUGCAGGUGAAGCUGACCAACUGGAGCAAGCACAGCGUGGGACCCUUUGCUCUGACCAUGAUGCCCUACCAGGACUACCAGAAUGGGGUGCACAACUAUGACCUGCAGGAUGCCAUCACCUUUGUGGGAUCCAACACCUUCUACAUCGACACCGUAAAGCCAACCAAAGACUCUGUGUACUUUGGAUCUCUUCUCUUCCUCUACACGGGCGAUUUCUACCUGAAUAUCAAAUUCCAUGAAGACAACUGCAGCAGGGAGCUGCCUCUGUCCUGGCUCUGCCUUCCCAGUGUCCACAUCCGUGCUACAGAUGGCCCCAGCUAAGCUGUGAAUGCCCUGUGUGCUGCUUGAUUAACCACAGCACACAGCAAUGCUUGGCACAUCCUCUGCUUCACCCCUUGUUUCUGUCCAACCCCAGGACACAGUCUCUACUUUGGAGGAACAGCUGAACACUUUCUGAAUUGGCUGAUAGUCAUUUAGACAGCUGCUUUAGCUAAUUUCAGAGGGAGGGAGAGAGAGAGAUUAUAACUGUGCUGAAGUUUUCCUCUGUUUCCAGAAAGCCUUUGAAACUAUGUACAUUAUACUUCAAUACACUCCAUUGAUAUCAGUAGUUUGAAAGAGUCUUGAGGGCUGAAUUUUGCCAUGUGUUUGAAGGUCUUAAAUCCUAUUUAAAUAAUCCUGUUUGAUCAUUUUUCAGUAAGAUUUGUGUAUGAAAUUCCUCCUGGUUUAUGCUGGACCCAUGGCAUGUUCCCUUGGGGUAUAGAUCUCUGUUAGAUUUGUUAGAUUUGUUUGGCUUGCUCUUGUUCAUUUGUUUGCUGAGAAUUUGGUGUCUUUGGUAGGAAAUGGCAGUAGUGGUGCUUUUUAGUGUGCUGCUCAAAGUAAGAAUAGCCUCCAGUUAUUCUCUCCCUCCCCUGAGCCCAGUGCCACUUGCUCCUGGUAAAGUCACUGCCUUUAGUUUGGCAGAUCUAUGAACUAGAAAGGAGAGAGGGUGAGGAAGAGCAAAAGAGUUUUGUCCUUGAGAGAAAAAAUAAGCCAACUUUUGGGCUGCCUAAGGCUUGCCUGUGAAUUUAGGCUUUCACAGUUCUGUUUUACACAGUCACUUGAAAUAUUUGCAGACUCUUAAAGAUCCACCAGAAUUAAUCAGAUGAUCGUUAAUGUAACUUUUCGUGAGUUUUUGCAAACUCUUCUUCUCAUCAGAUUUUUCAUACUAAUACACUGUUUUUUAAAAUGUGUCUGGAUUUUUUCCUCUUUUUUUAGUUUUCUUUAGAGGGUUUUUUUACGUUUAAUUAUUAGGCAAUUAAGGCCAUGGAAUUCUUGAGUGUGAAAGUAGUUGUUGAAUGUACUGAUAAUUUAGCCUAUUUUUCAGGAUAAUGUUUUUGUAUAGUGAGACAUGUUUUUACCCCAUGUAAAGCAGGGAGAUGUCUUAGCUGUAUGAUUAAUACAUUAUUUCAUGGAGCAUAUGUUUAAAACCUAUCUCAGUCUUUUCUUAAAUACAUAGUUAAAUUCGGUGGUAGUAUGCUUUGGGGGUGGAUAUACCAAGAUGUGGCAGGGACACUCCAGUUAGCUGUACAUGAUUUAAAUCUACAUGCACAACCUCUCUGCAGAUUCUUUGUUUCUUUAGAAUUCAUGCAAACAUGGGCCCCCACUGAAUGCCUGGCCUGACCCUUCCUGCUCAGUUCUGACUCUCUGCAUCAUGCCCAGGGGUAUUUUAGAUGUGACUGGUGUUUUCCAUAGGAAAGACAGUGCUCAAAACUCUAUUCAUUGCAUGCUUGCAUAUGAUUGUUCAUCCUAAAUAUAUUCCUAACCUGAGGGAACUGUGGCUGUAGCAUGGUAGCUGUCUUUGCAGUGUAUGCAGGGUAUUAGCUGUAAAAACCUGUGUUGUGGCAAUGUUAUCAGUAUUUGUGCUUGAGCUGUGGCUCUGUACUCAGCCUUGAAAGUGGAAGCUUUCAGUCUAGACCUGAUGAAAAUCUGAGCCCUGCUGAAGAUUUAUUUGCAAUGAUUCAUUGCUCUGUCAGGUGCCAGUGAGGUCCAGUAAUAAAACUGUUCCUUAGACUGGCACAGUGGCUCUGGGCUUGAGACACCCCUGGAAAGAGGGUCCAACAGCUGAACUGGGCCUGGUUUUCUGUGUUGGUGGAGCUUGGCUAACCAGAUUGUGCCAGAUGAGGCUGAAUUCUCUGUCCCUGCAUAGGCAAUACACAGAAAAAUAAGAUCCAAGGAGAGCAGGAACUAAACCAGUACAUCUUCCCUGUAAAAGCUUGGUUUUGACAUGAAUGUCUGUACUAUGUUGCACAACACUGUUGCAGCAAAAUCCAAAUUGAGUUUUUAUUCAGUGUUCCCAGAAGAAAAUCUGCAGAUUCUAGGAAUACAGCUAAGGCUUUGUAAGGACCACACUGCAUUUGAAAUAAAAUUAUUGUAAAGUAGAUGCUGUUGCAGUCAGGAUCCUUCAAUUUGCCCAGCUAAGGGACUAUUCUCUAAUUAAUUAUUGACAGCAUGCUCCGAGAAGAGAGGGUCUUGUUCUGUGGAGCCUGUCCUGGGAGGCAACAUUCCUGUGCCUUUUACUUAUCCAGGAUCCUGAUGUACAGCCCACUGUAGCUGUUGGAAUGGGAACAGGUUUUAUUACAACAAAAGGAGGCUGCAUCUUUUCUAGGUAUCCAAUAUGCCAUUAUAAAUCUGCCAUAUGUGCACAUAAAUAUAAGUUCUUAUGUGUGAGCUGACCCUUAAAGGUCUGUCUGUUAUACAGUAGACUACUCUAUCCCUUGUCAACUUGGACGCUUAGUUGCUUUUGGCAUUUAUGAUAUCUUCCCCAAUUUUCUCACACUUCUACUUGUCUUAGUGAGAGAGAUGAAACACAAGGUUUUUUUCCUUCUGGGGAUCAUUUUUAACUUGUCCAGAAGGAAGAUUUUAAGUGUUAGUGUAAUUUGGAGAAGGGUUGAGGGCAAGGUGCUUAAUAUCACUGGGGUUGCUGUCAGGAUUGGUCCUUGUACUGCUUGAAAGAAGGAUGAUACUUGUCUUAUCUACGUUCCUUUCUUGGUACUGGAAACUUAUUUUUCUUUCACUGAAACACCCAGCAAUUAUUUGAACAUGAUGAGCUGAACUGUUCAUUGUAAAUCUUAUACAAACCAGUGGUUGCAAUAAAUUAUUCCUAAUUUAAAUGGCCAUUGCUGAGAGCAGAUGUUGAUCCCAUAUAUGAAUGCACUGGAGAAGCAUAAGUUAUGUAACUUUACCUGAAUAAAUACUUGUGUCUUGUUAUUUACACCUC